AUGGCAGCUCGCGAGGAUGCGGGCCUGGAGAGGAACGAGUGGGACGUGGACAUCUGCGCCGACUGCGUUGGCUGGGUCAGGACCCACGCGCCAACCAUGUCGGUCAGCGAGUUGGCGGGUGAGCUCGCGAACAACAAGGAGCUGGGCAAGGACAUCGCGGACAUCAAUGACAAGAAAGACAUCUUCGCUGGCGGGGAUCUCACGGUGACGGGCGACAUGAGCGUCCAAGUGGAGGUGCACGACGACUACGGGCUGCUUCGGUACCAGGACUUUGUCGAUCUCCGCGGCAAGACGCCGAAGCAGGCUGGCGCCCUGCCCGUCAACGCCCCGACCGCGGACAACAUCUCGCAGAGCACGACCUUCUACCCGAACCCCUUGAACGCCAAGAAGCGCAUGAAGGUGAUCAGCAAGUUCGGCGUCGAAGUAUCUGAGAUGCGCAUUGCUUCACCAAGCAGCCUAGUGGCCGCCGAGCACGCCGCCGUGGACGCCGGGCUAACCAGGUCGGGUUCGUUCGCGGUUGCUGAGGCGGGCAGCGCCGAGAAGGGUGCUUCCAAGGACGAUGACGAGUCAUUCGUGCAGGAGUCGGACGGCGACGUCGAUCAACCCGAUGGCGACGAUGACCCCGAGCGCGCAGGCGGGGCGCAUUCAAUGGCCACGCCUGUGAAGGGCGUCACUCCCAUGACGGGCGCUCGCUCGCCCCCUAGCGCCGUCGUUUCUGAAGGAUGCCGGGUCCAGGCCGAGGGCCCGACGCCGUGGAACCAGUACUUCGUGGGCGAGUGUCCUGCAAAGGGGACUGCCGAAUUUUGGAUCUGGAAGACCCCAUUGAAAUGUGUCCUCGUUGGUCUCAGGGAGAAGCACCCUGUCAGCCAGAUGAACAUCCUCUUGCCGAAGCUCGACGCGCACUCGGCGAGGAAGCUGCGCCUCCACAAGGAUGCCAUACAGCAGUGCCAGGAGAUCGUGGACGGCUCGGCCCAGGCAAUGCCUUACAACGAGUUCGCAGACAAAGUGAAGACCUUGGUGCCCUCGGUCGGGGAGUGGCCGCAAGAACAUCACCGCGUGUUGCUGGAGUGCACCCUGAGCCACCGCAUGGCGGAGUUCGCGAGGGCGGGCAAGGAGGUCCACGCCGAGAAAGCCUUGGAAGUCGUAAAAUUGUUCACGGUCGGCGAGGGGAAGGAGGGGAGUUUCAACUCCCUGAAGCCCAUGCUGGUCCAGAGCUCCUUGUCGGAAUCCGAGCGGGCGGACUUCUUUGUGAAUGAGGUGUUCGGCAGGAAGGUGGCCAUCAAGGCGAUGAAGAUCCCAGAGGGCGGCAACGUCGGCGAGAAGGCAUGCUACGCGCUGCGGGUGGCAACUCGUGCGCUGCAGGUGCUCUUGCAUCUAAUUCGCCCCUCGUUGGUGGACGGUGUGUCCCUCGAGGUGUUCGACGACGCGGGCGCGAUCUUGGAGGCGUCCGCGAAGACUGACGCGGCCUCGUCGGUGUGGCAGACCGUCGGGCUUGCGUGCGUCACCAGCCCGAGGUGGAAUACUGGGCUCACGGAACUUGCUGGACAGGUGGGCGCAAUGAAAGAGGUUGGGCCGAUAAUUCAAGUAACCAUCGACAGCCUCUCCAGUAUCGUGGAGCCCACGGCUGCUAGCGCCAAGAAGAUCGGUGACGUCGUCGAGGGCACCCCGCAUUUCCAUGCCAAGUGCGUGAAAGACCUCGCCGAGAAGUUGGAGUUCAAAGUCAACGAGAAGGCGUGCGAGCUCAUUUCCGCGGCCGCCAAGGCCGCUGCCCGCCUCGGCGAUUCAGGCAACAGCUCCGACCCGAGCAGCCUCGGUAUAAAGGACUUGAACGCUUUCAUCACUCUCGCGAGGAAGAUCACCCAGAACUGCGUGGAAACGGAGGCCUCCAUUAUCGCGAGCAACGCCCUGAAGCUGACCAAGGAGAGCCUCGAGACAUCGCUCCGUGCGAAGAGCUUGAAAGAGGCUCUGCAGCAGUUCAACUUCGAAGAUGCCCAGUCAGUGGCAAACGUGCUGGGUGCGUUCGACGGCGUCGUCGCAGCGGCGCUUCAGGAUGAGGUUCGCGUGAGGGUCAAGGAGAUUGUCGAUUCGGUGAUCGACUCACCUCGCGCCGCUGAUGCCACGAACACGGUCAACCUCACUCAGGUGGUUUCGCUCGUCUCCGCGAUGAUGCCAUUUGUCCCAGUCGAGCACAGGUUGGCCUACCAGAACAUCAACUCCGCGCUGAAGCUGUGCAAGGGCGUCAGUGCAGGUCUCGCUGCGUUGGAGGGCGUCGAGACGACCGUGACCUGCUACGCUGACAAGGAUGUGCAGAGGCUCCUGAACGAACUCCAGCGGGAGCACCUGCGCCUGAAGAGUGGCACGAUCAAGCUCGACAAGGCCCCGAAGGUCCUUGAGGCGUGCGAGCUCAUGUCGCAGAAGGCCGCCGAGAAGAGUGCCAAGGUCGAGAGCGACAUCAAGGCCACGACCGCAGACCAGAUCGAGAGCAUCAUGAAGAAGGUCGCCUUCGCCAUGGAGAAUGACUCCUUCAUCAAGAUGACGAGCGCGAUGAUGGAUGUCGAGUCCGUGGCCGACGUCAAGAAGCAGACUCCCAAGGAGUUCUUCGAGGUCGACGCCGACUCAAUCGUGACGGCCGCCGUCAUGAUGAAGAAGCGC